AUGGUGGUAUGUGGUAAAUGUUGUGAGGAAGUGUCUAGCGCCAUUCAGUGCUCUGCCUGUCGUAAGUUCUUCGAUUACCAAUGUUCUGGGAUAACUGAAAUUGGCUAUCGCAAGCUAGGAGAUAGACAGUUAUCGUGGCGCUGUGUUUACUGCAAGACGUCUCAACAAUCAACCCGGCCUGGAUCACCACCUCCUGAAACUACACGUCAACCUACUCUUGAUAGUGUUAUGAUUGAACUGCAGAAGCUUUCGUGCCAAUUACUGCCCCUUCAAGAAGUCAUCAAUGAUAUUCGAAUAAUCAAAAACGAUAUUUCAGAUCUACGUAAAUCUAACAACAAUAUGCUAGAAAAGCUUGAUAGCUUUGAAAAAAGACUUCAAGUAGUUGAAAAUGCUGAGCAAAAAAUAUCGUCUCUAAAGGAACAGAUAAAUAAGAUGGAAGCAGAAAUUAAUGAAAAAGAUCAGUGGCUUCGAUCAAAUAACGUCGAAAUCAAGGGAGUACCAUUUAAACCUGGGGAGAAUCUUUUUGAUAUUGUAACUAAAUUAGGAUCUAUAAUAACCUAUCCUGCGUUGAAGAGUAACUUGUAA